AUGCGCUCCGAAGUUUGGCAGAUGAUGUUGAGAACAAUCGUGUUCAAGACACAGAUGCAAUAGAUAGAGUGCGUGUUCUGGGAGAUAGGAUAGACGACCUAUCCUCACUGGUACGUUUUGACGCCAGUGUGGCAAACACAAAUAUUUCCCAAGUGAUACAGGUACUGGGUGCGAAACAUAGGGUCGGGAGACCCACCGUGGAGAUACCCUUGGAGGCAAUAGAGGGAUACCUCUCCCAUGGCCUAAAGGUGCAGGAGAUCGCGGACAUGUAUGGCGUCCACAGAACCACCGUACACCGCAAAAUGCAACAAAAUGGACUCAGUGUGUCAGACAUGUAAUCUGAGAUGAGUGAUACGCAGCUGGACGCCCUGGUGCUGGAGAUCCACAGGAUCCAUCUGUGUGGAUACCGGAUGUUGCGAUACCAUCUCCAGGGAAGAGGCCAUCUGGUCCAAAGUAUGUCCACCUACCUCUUGUACCUAUAAGCACCCGACUGAUGCUGUUGUCUGUUCUUGAUUAUCUGUGCUAUGUGAAGUUCACAGAGUACGCCAAUCCUUAAAAAGAGUGGACCGAGAGGGCACAUAACAAAGAGCCCUGGCCAACCGAACUCUACAUAGGCGGCAAUAUUCAGUUCCUGGGCCCAACUGUAUGUGGCAUAUUGAUGGCAAUCACAAAUUAAUACGAUGGAGAUUUGUUAUCCACGGUGGGAUAGAUGGCUUCAGCCGCCUAGUGGUGUUCUUGUCAGCAGCCACCAACAACCGUGCCACAACAGUGCUGGAUGCUUUUCUUGGAGCGGUCAGGCAGUACGGUGUGCCAUCUCGUGUCCGGUCGGAUAAGGGGAGAGAGAACUUUGAGGUGGCAUAUUACAUGGUGGACAACUGCGGACCCAACCGCAAAUCCCACAUAACUGGGAGGAGUGUGCAUAAUCAAAGAAUUGAGCGACUUUGGAGAGAUGUUUACACACAAGUGCUCGAUCUCUUCCACACUCUCUUCCACGAAAUGGAAGCAUCAUGGAUGUUGAAUCCAGACAGUGAGAUCCACCUCUUCGCUCUCCACUGGGUUUUCCUGUCAUUGGUCCAGAGCCUUCUCAGGCAUUUCCAAGAUGCCUGGAAUUUUCACAGCCUGAGGACUGAAAAUAGCCAGUCACCCUACCAGCUGUGGCUACACAACAUAAGUGCUGUUGUUGAUCCCCCAGAGGUUGACGAUCUUUAUGGUGCCAGUGUAGAUGGUCCGGACCUGGAAGACCUGGCUGGAGUCGACGUUCCGGAGAUCCAACUACCACGUGACCUGACUGCUGAGGAGCUCUCACGAUUGCCUCAGCGAAAUGUUUCACUGAAUGACGCUAUUGCUGUUUACAGCUCAGUUGUUGAGCAGUUACAUGACAUCUUUCAAACAGCAUGAUGUUCUCUCCAAGGAUUUGUAAAUAUUUGUUAAUAUUUGUAAAUAUAUAUGAAUCUACCUUCCCCUUUAAAUGCAGUGUAUGCUUAAUUUUUCCUCAUCCAAACAUACUGCAGUUCCAUUGGCAUGAACUGAACCAAAAUAAUAGAAAUGAGUGACAAUACUGUGACAAACUAGUUUCUGCCUAUUGAGCUUUGCUUUUAUUCGAAAAUUAACUAAUUAACUAAAUUCAAUGCUUGAAACGCCCUUUUUGGCAUACAUAGAAAACUGCGGUUUAGCUCCACCAGUGCAUGAUUAGGAUGAAAGUGUAUAAUAAUAUAACAUUGCAAACUGCGAAAAUGAACAAUAUGAACGAAAAAGGUAAGACAAGGUAAAAUGAUAGAAACCAAGACCCAAAACCUAGAUCCUUCCAAAACCAAACUUUGUGGUGCUAACGGCUGCCCCCAAUUUAAAACAAAAAUCCCUGUAGGAACACCAUCCUGUUGGGAUUUUCAAUGUGGUGAAACAGGUAGAAGCUGUCGGGUAGGUGGCAUCCCGGUCAACACUGACGUACAGCUCGUCCGGCAGCACCGCCCACCCCGUCCAAAACUCAAUAAGCUGCUGCAGUUCAGAGGAUGAAGCUAAGGAACAGACAACAAAAAAAAAUAUUUUGCUUGAGGUUUGUGUGUGUCUGUGUGUGUGAAUAAGUGAGAGAGAGCUGUAGCUAUUUCUCACCUAAGCUGAUGUACUGCCGCAAGUAGGCAACCACACUGCAGUAAUCAUCAAUUUCUUCCUCUUCAUUGCUGUCUGGUUCUGGCCACACAAUCCGUUCUAUUAUCAUCUGAAAGAGAACAUGAAUUAUAAAAACACGACCAUGCAAGCCCUGUACAUGGUCUGUAGGCACGACAGGUUACCUCUGGCUCCAGCUCUGCCUCUGCAGAUCUGGGGAACAGGGCAGAUGCCAGUUCAGGCCGUUCCUUUAACAUUUCCAGGACGCGUGUGUCCUUCAGCCCUUUCCGCAACUGCACCAUUUGCCUCUCACGUCUGACAAUUACCUUUAGAAAGGAGAUGGCACCAGAAACCAUAUUUAGCAGCAUACUGUAUCCAAGAACACAUUUACUGUACAUGUAAAUAGCUUUCUUAUUAUUUUUAUAUUUGAUUGGGCUCAUACCCCAUGAUGGAGUAUUUGUUGUGCCAACAACCUCCUGUUGUUCUCUGUGAGAUUGGGCAGGUCCCAGCUGAGGGCCAAGUGGUUCACCUGGUCCACAUUUUCGGGGGUCAGGACAGUCUGGCUUUCAAGCUGUUAGAAAGCAGUUAUCAUUGUAUACAACACUGGUCAACAAUUAGAUGACACAUGGGCCGUUGAAAAGAGCACAAAUUGAAUUAUUACACUUACAAGGCUGACAAUCUCCACAAUGUCCAAAUCUGGACAAUCUUCCAACUGCAAGACUGCAGCAUCUAUGGCCCCCAUGUCCUUGCUGGCCAGCAGAGGGAAAAGGCACUGGCCCAUCCCACUCAAAAGUGGACCCCGAUUUAAAAGAUCCCCCUGGAGCAAUAGCAAGGAGGUGGAUGGGACCAAGUGGUCUGCCGCUCCAGUGAACAGAAUUGUUUUCCCACCAGUGUAGUCUAAGGAGAUAAACCAAGAACUGAGCUAUCAGCACAUCCGUAUAUCCACAUACAUUCAGAAACGUAAAACUUAACAUUGACUUACCAAGGUGUAAAUGUAGGCCUGUUUGGAGCUUAUUCAGGCAUAGCGAAAAGAAAUAUUUCUUCACGCCAUCCUCAAUUGCACAGUCUCCUGUCAUAUACAAAACAAUGAAAAAUUCUUGAGGAUUGCACAUUUUAGGUGUGUUACUAGGUGUAGUAGAUGUACCAUACAAUACAUAUGUACAUGUUUUGUUCAGCAUGGAGAGGGGGGGGGGGGGCUAACUUGUGGUAUACAGGUAAAAGUUCAAGUGCUUUACCGAGUGCAACUGAGUAAGGAAGUCGCAGGUGAGGAUGCAUACAUGUUUUAGUUUUUUACAUACCCUUGAGUUGGACUUCAAAAGGACGGGUCCAAUCAAUAUUUGUCUGCUUGUAGAAGCCAAUAAUUGCUUUCUCUGUCCUCUUCUGUGACGUGCAUAUCCAAAGUCAACUUUAAGGUUGGUUUCUGGUCGGCAUCUUUGAGCAAAUGGGUCUGAAACAUUUUGGCUGCUGCCUUGGUAUCUGGCUCCAGCUUCCAUUCUAAGUAUUAAACAAGUAGCAUAACUCUUACAUGAAAUAGCGGACACAAAAGAGAUGGAUACGCACAUCUAAAAUCAUAUGCAGUAAAUCUAAGCUACAAAAAAAUGAAAUCAAAUGGAUCAAUAAAGGACAUAUUCAACAAAUCAAUACAGAACCACAUAAAACUGAUCGUAAUGUAGGGAAAGCACCUUCAUUGCAAAUCGCUGACACUCUGCCAGUGGACGAGGUUGAGGCAGCUGAGGUCUGGGCAGCAGAGGUCGAGGCAGAGGACUGGGCAGCUGAGGUCUGGGCAGCAGAGGUCGAGGCAGAGGACUGGGCAGCUGAGGUCGAGGCAGAGG